GCAUUGGAUAAAAAAUAGGGUUUCCUUACUACACUCUUGCUUUCACCAGUUCUCUUUCACCGCAACGGCAGCUGCAGACUUCUCGACUCUCACUUCCAUAUAAAUUUCAUUGCUGCUCAAUCAAUUUACGGAGAGGAAUCGCUGGUGGCGAGCCAGCCAAAGACGAAAAAUUCUUUAAAGUGUUUUUUCCUAGCCUUAAAUCGAAAAGAUGGGAAGAGCAAAAAAGGCUCCUAAAUUCGCAGCCAUGAAGAAGAUCAUCACCAAGAAAGCUUUAAAAAAUUACAAAGAAGAGGUUUUGAAUCCCAGUAAGAAAGAUAUUAACAAGGAAAAGCUUCCUAGAAACGUGCCGAAUGUUUCCUCUGGGAUGUUCUUCUCACACAAUGCUUCAUUGCGGCCACCUUACCGGGUCUUGGUGGAUACCAACUUCAUUAAUUUCUCCAUCCAGAAUAAAUUGGAUCUGGAGAAGGGAAUGAUGGACUGCUUAUAUGCAAAAUGCACUCCUUGUAUUACGGAUUGUGUGAUGGCAGAGCUUGAGAAGUUAGGUCAGAAGUACCGUGUAGCUCUGAGGAUUGCUAAGGAUCCUCGUUUUGAGAGACUACCCUGUACUCAUAAAGGGACAUAUGCUGAUGACUGUCUUGUUGAUCGAGUUACUCAGCACAAAUGCUUCAUUGUUGCUACAUGUGAUCGAGAUUUGAAGAGAAGGAUUCGGAAGGUUCGUGGUGUGCCAAUUAUGUACAUUACUCAACAUAAGUAUUCAAUGGAGCACAUGCCGGAAGCAACAAUUGGAGGAGCUCCAAGGAUCUGAUGAAGGCAACGCAGUAUUCGUGGGUUCCUCUCUUCUGCUGAUUCAAUUUUCAUCCUUUAUUCGAAAGCUUGACUAGGGAUGUUAGAGCUCCCUGAUACAUGAUAUUGGUAGUAAAAUUAUGUCGAGGCUGGUCCGAUGUUUAUACCAUUACAGGAGCUGUAAUUGUAAACUGAAGCAUUUAACCUUUAUUCAUUUUUAUAUAUGAAGAAUUUGAUAUUCAAUAA